UCGCUGCUGCGGUAAAAACAAUCUGGCCAGAGCGGAGCAGCUGCGCAAUCGAGUCAGCGAAAUAUUAAGCAGCAGUGCAGUGCGGAUCGCUAUAUACACAGUGUUCUCGGUAGUGAGUGUACGCCGCGCGAGUAUACAUGUGUGUAUAAUAUCGAGUCGCGACUUGGCAUGCACGCAAACAAGCCUCGCGCGUGAGAGAGAGAGAGAGAGAGAGCAGAGGGAGCGUCACACGUAUUAUAUGCUCAUACAUGUGUCCGAGUCUCUGUGUGUAUCGCGCGCGAGCGGAGGUAUAGCGGGCUAUACGAUGCCCGUCGGGCCGUCGUCGUAGUAGCUCUCGCGCGCGCGCGCCGCCGCCGCCGCCGCCGCCGCCGCCAUUCGAGUGCUCAGCGCCUGCGUACAGCUUGUUUACAACUGCGAAGCUUACCAUACACACAUGACCUUUCCAAGAUGGACACGAGCACCCGUCGUCUUAUUGCUUAGCGUGCGCAAAACCAGCGCUCCAACGGCCUGAUAGCUCGCUGUUUACGAGCACGCAUUAGUUCCGUGUGAUUCCCAUAUCCACGGCAACCGCGACCCAGUGCAGUUCAGUUAAGUGCAGUGAGUGCUCAUUUACACGGCGCCGUGCACGCGCGAGUACCCAUAACUACGUAUAACGUCUAUCCGUCUCCGUCUGUGUACGGAACCCCCGUGUGUGGUCACCCGCGCCUCGCUAUCUCGUCGUCGGCGGAGCAGCUGCCAAGUAUCCCACGGCGGCAGCAGGCGCGAGAGACGAGCGCGCAGCCUCUUCUCCGAGGGCAGCAGCAGGUUCAUCAACCCAGCAGACUCGCGUGCUGCUGCUGCUGCUGCUGCUGCGUUAUACACGUCCGAUAUACCAUGUGUAUAUAUAGCGAAGAGAGAGAGGCGCCCAACGGCCAACGCAUAUAGUGCGCGUCGGACGGAAACGAGAGUGCGACGUAUUUAUAUACUACAUGUGCAACGUAAUAGAAAAGUGCAGCGCAUAACCCGGAGAGGAGUGAAAGAAGAGAGGGAGACGGCGCUAGAAGGAACGAGUGAGGCAACACCUGGCCUCCUGCGGGAACAGCCUCUUUCGCGCGGUGUGCUCCUUCGCAGCACUGCUGUUGGGGCCCCCCUCCCCCGGACCGCCUCCGUCUCUCGCAGCUCGCGCGCCACCGCGGCUCGAUCCCCUCGUCGUCAUUGCCGUCGUCGCAGUUGGACUCGGAGCCGAGCGGCCAGGUCAUCCGCGCGGCGCCUAUUGCGCACAUGAGCCGCCGCCGUCCCGGCCUUGAGUCCCCGACGGCGCCGAGCAGCGGCAACAGCCUCGCAUCAGGAGCAGCCUCCGAGGGAUGCUGCUAGCGGUGUCGCCGAGGCUCUCCCCCAAGCUGGCCGGCCGCGCGGGGACGCGCACGGGCGCUGUCUAGGGCGCGGCGCACGCAACACGCGCGCAACCUCAGGCGCAGGGGGAGAGAUCAACUCUCUCGCUCUCUCUCUCGCUCUCUUCUUCGCUCGCGGCGAGCACAUAAGCGCGACAGAGACAGAGCGCGACACGACACCUUGGGAGAAAGCGAGAGGGAGAGAGCGCGCCCGAGCGAGACAGCCGUGUGCGUAUGCUUGUACGCGCACCGCAUACUCGCUUGCGCGACGGACGGCCGAGAGGAGCCCUCGCCGCUCUUCGCCACCGCAACACGUGCUCGCCGUAGCAAGCACCUGCCAUGCUGCCGAGGCCCGCGGUUCCCCGGGCCAGCACCACCUGAACACGGCGCACGUCGCCAGCCUCCUUUCCCCCCCGUGGCUGCUGCUGCGUUCCGCGGCCGCUAACCACCAGCAGCACCACCACCACCGCCACCAUCAUCACAACAACAACAACAACAACAACAACAUGUCCUCCCCGUCCGUGGUCCAAUCGCCGGGGCCCGUCGUCCUCGCCGCUCACCUCAAGAAGCUCAAGACCCUCAAGAAGAAGUACUUCGUGCUGCAUGCCGAGGUUCUAGGGCAUCCCGCCUGCCUCGAGUACUACGACAGCAAAAAGAAGUACGAGAGCAGGCAACCGCCCAAGCGUAGCAUCUCCGUGCGCAGCUGCUUCAAUAUCAACAACCGCACGGACACCAAGCACAAGCAUGUUAUCGCUCUCUACACCAAGGACGACUGCUUCUCCCUGGUGCUGGAAAACGAGAAGGACCAGGAGCAGUGGCUCAACGCUCUGCUACUCCUGCAGAAUGGUGACCAGACAGAUGGCGAGCAACCACGGCCUACAUUUGAGCACAUCUGGCAGGUGAUCAUGCAGAAGAAGGGACUCGGAGAGCGAAAGAACAUCACUGGUCCCUACAGACUGUGCCUCACAGACCGAGUUCUCAGCUUGGUCAAGCUUGGAGCCGAUGACAAGUCGGACUCUAUUGAAUUUUCCUUGAGCUGCAUAAGACGCUCUGGCUGCAUGGACCGUAUAUUCUACAUGGAGGUGGGUCGGUCCGCCAUUGCAGGUGGAGGAGAGUUCUGGAUGGAAGUUGAGGACAAUAACAUUGCGCAGAACAUGCACACAGCCAUCAACAAUGCUAUGACCAACUCCAGUAGCACCAAGGAUGAAGGUCCCAGGCAGAGGUUGCGCAGUUCCUCAGCCAACGAAGCCAGCAAACCUAUAUCGGUUUUGCAGAGGAGGCACACUGCGCAGAAACUGCACAGUUUUUCACCUUUAGAGGAACAAAGGAUGCACGAGGAUCAGGUGGCACCAUUACAGGAGCAGAACGUCACUGCAUCUGCCCCCUCACAGGGUAGUCAAACACAGACUACCUCUACUUCCAAUACACAUAUGGCUGCUGUCGGUGUAACAGAGAGCGGAAUCCUGGGGACAAGCGCCUCUACUAAAAGCAGCGCUGCCAUGACGAAUAGACGUCGACAUUCGGUAGCAAGUCAUCCGAUCCCAUCCACAACCAAUAACAACAUAUCCCAAUCCACUCAUGCCAAUACAACAUCAUCGUCGAGCACAACAAGCACUACCGCAACCGCGACAAUAUCCCAUCAGAGAACCCUGUCGCUGCCCUUAGCCGCUGUUGCUAUCAAUCAAACGCAAUCAUCCAAAAGAUCCGUGUUACGCUGCGUUCCAACGGUGCGGGACAGAUGCGAUAGUCUGCCAUCGAGAGCGCGCACAACGAGCGAGGGUCAUCCCGGUGGUCCAGUCAUCACCACCAGCGUCAUCAGUAACAGCGUCAUCACGACCAUGGCGCAACAGUCAUUACAGCACGGCAGAGUGGCCUACCUGGCGCCACACGUGCCCAGGCCACAUUCGAUGCACAGCCGGGUGCUGUCGUACUCGCCGCCCGUCGCCUCGAUGCCCAUCAGUCCGGCCUCUGCCGCCUGUUCCACGGAUUCGGCUGGAUCCUCGUUGUCCAUGGACGACGCGUCCGAGAAUAUCAUGGAGGAGGCGGUCAUAUCUAAAUACGGGCACUCGCUCACGCCCGACGAGCCCGUCAUCCUCGAGGAGAACGGCGACGACUACGUGCCCUGGUCCGCCAGCCACCAGCAAAAGUAUUCGCCUAACUUCAAGUCCUGCUCCCCUUCGCAGCAAAGUUCCUACGUCGAGAUGUACAGCCCGUGCAGUUCGAGUCCCGGGCGGGGUGCGUACAUGCCAAUGAGCCCGGCGACAGGGGCGCACUCGCAUUCACGGACUUCGUCACUUGUCGAGGAGAGCAGCACUUUGCCGGACGGCUACGUGCCGAUGGCACCGGUUGGCGAUCACGGCUACGUCGACAUGGAUCCGGCCAACAACCACAACGGUCACUUCCCUGACGACAUGUCGCAGCACGGUGGCAGCAGCUGUUCUGUUACCUCCGGCACGCCCAGCACGGAUCUGCGAUUCUCGGAGUAUCACCUCGACAAGGUCACGAGUUUCCUCCCACCUGGAGAGGACCUGCAAGCGAGGCCCACCAGGGCCUACUCCGUUGGCUCGCGGCCCGAGCCCGCCAAUAGGCAUCGAAAAAAUAGACUGGAAAUUGCCCAACAAGAAGCAAGCAGAGUGCGUGCUUUCUCUGUGGGAAGUCGAUCGAAAAGGCCUGAAAUCGGCAGGCUUGCUAAUGUUGUUACUGCUCCACUAGUCGCUGGUAUUGAGAGUUCGCACUCGAACAAGUCAUAUUCGGCGCCUCUUUUAUCAAGUUCAUGGGGCCAUCAAUCCGGUUGUUCCAUCACUUCCGAGCGCAUGGAAGACCUUAUGGAACUGGACUUCACUAGGCCCAAUGGCCCAGUUGCACUCUCGUCGCCUCCCUCCUCGUAUUCGCAAUCGCAAUCAUAUUCAACUGCCACCGACACCAGUUCCUACGUCGAUAUGUCUCCUGGACAGCCGCCAAUAUCCACCACUGCCCCCUAUGUUGACAUGAACGGACCAACAAAGAUAAAUCGGAAUAAUAACAACAGUAACAGCAACAAUAACAACAAUAAUAACAAUAUUACUACUGCCAAUCACAAUCACAAUCAUUCUUUAGUAAUGGUUUCUACACAUAAACCAGUCAUAACGCAGGUUUCAUCAUUAUUGAAGCCUGUCGAAGAAACGGAGUCGCCCUAUAUGAGAAUGGAUAAAGGUCUCGAGGAUUGGACUCAGUCUAGAAUAAGUCCAAAACAGGUUCCGUCGCCCUGCCAGGACGACUACAUGCAGAUGAACGGACCUCCUGGCGGAACCAGAACUGCGCCCAUGGACUUGCCACAACCUCGACGUCCUCCCGAGGGUUACGUUGAAAUGUCGUUCAAGGCCAAACCUAGUCUCGAGCAAGACUACAUAAACAUGAGCAUGGGACUAGGUCGUAACAAUCGCAGACAUCACAACAAUAAUCGCAAGAAAAAAUGCUCGUUGCCAAUCGCGAUUCAGGCUGGCAGCAAGUCUUCCAAGACCCCAAAUUUUUUGCCGCUCAAUGGCAGUCCAAGUUCAGAGAGCCUAGCAAGCACGCCAGCUUCUCCGCCGCGGGCCACGCCGACCGGUUCCUCUGCCACGAUAUUCCCUUUCUCGCUUAACAGUCCCCAGUCGCCCGUCAAGCCAUUCAACACAUCGCAAGCUGGCACUGAUAACAAGUCUUCCUCUGUCGGGGAUGUAUCUUCCACAAAGAACGAAAGUGGCAAUAUCGUGCCAGUUACAAGGAAAAUCUCGGCACCAAGUCCUCUCCCCGGAGUUGACGGCUGUCCCUCAUCGAAGAAGGCCCACGACAACCCUCCCGACACAUCUGUGAACUCGACGACGAGAAAUGUUACCGUGACGAGUAAACAGAAUGAUCCCGUAAGCCUCGUUAGCAGCAAUCCGGUUGUGACAAGUUCCGUCAGCAAAGAGCCUCUGCGGCUUACUUCGAAUUCCAUAGCUCUGAGUCAAGAGCCAGCACCUUCUCUCAGUCCGAUCACGAAGAAGCUGUCAGAUCUGACGGUAUCAAAGCCACGUCUUGUAACUGCAUCGCCGACUACGAGUCCCACGCCCUCCGGUUUCAAGCCUGUGCAGCUUCCGAAACCUGCCUCACCGAAGAUCUUGGACGACACGACGCCAACUGCAACACCCACGCCUACACCUACACCUACGCCAACACCAACGCCCAGUCCCCUGGAUAGCGAGGGUUACGAGAAGCUGCAGCCCGGAGCAACUCUUUUGCACUAUGCGCGUCUCGAUUUGCCCGAGAUUGCCGGAGCGCCUCCUGUCUCGCCUACCCCCGUCCAGGAGGGUUUCACUUACGCAGAAAUCGAUUUCGCUAAGCUCAAACAAAACUAGGAUUAUACGAACACGCGCGUAAACACACUUGUAAAGAGAUACCGCCGAAAUUCAGACGUGUUGUUUGGUGCUCGACGUCGCUUCGGUCUUCUUUUCAUCGACGAUCAGUCGCGAACGACGAUUGCGCCUUGUAAAUAGAGAAAUCAUGUAUGUAUCUUUAAAAAACUCGAAUAAAUCAUGUAUACAUACGAAACGUUUAAUUGUAAGUAUAUAUAUAUAUAUACAUAUAUAUAUAUAAAAUAUAAAUAUAAUAUCAACGAUUAAUAAACGCGUAGUAAACGUCAACUUCUUUUUUUGAUUUUAUUGCUUUAAUUUUAAAAUGUUCUCUUAAAAUCUUCCUUAUAAUAACCACUUCGCUCAGUACCCGUUCAAGACAACACUGAAGAUUAUUUAUUUUACAAGAUUCGAAGUAAUUUUAAGGAUAAAUAAAAUACAAUUUAAAAGAUAAA